AGCUCCGCCGUUGGGAUAGAGCACACACCCAAAUUUGCAGCAAACGAUUAACCUAAUGAGAAGAAGGCAUCCCUGUCAAGCAUGCAAAUCACAUCUUCCAAUGAAUUCAUUUGCAAGGCAUAAUUAAAAGAUUCCAAACUGUGUGGAUUAAUAAUAUCUGAACCAAAAAAAUGUCUAUUGAGUUGAAGGCAUUAGUUGACAAGGCAAAUGACAGAAUAAUAUUUGCUGGAUGUGAUGAGGAUUUCGCUGAUGUUCUCUUCAGUUUUUUGACAAUGCCUAUUGGAACCAUCAUCAGGCUCACAAAUAAUCAGCCACCAAUCACAGCGAUAGGUUGUAUGAACAACUUGUAUGCAAAGUGUUGAAAAUCUUGAUGUCAAACGUUUCGGAACUGAAGAAUGUAAGACAAUGCUGCUACGCCCUAAAAAUGGGUCUGUAACUCACUAUAAGGACUUGAAACUGAAAAUUGAUAGCGAGACUCCACAAUACUUUUAUUGUGGGACGUCAAAUUGCUUAGCCACUGGGUCUAAGUUACUGAGUCAGCACGCAGGUAGAUAUUGUGAUUGCGGAAAUGCCAUGAACUCUUCAGCCACAGUAGAAACUAUUGGAUCAAAGGUUUCAAUAGAUGGAACAGCUUUUGCUAAAGAAUGUGCUCGGUUUGUAAUAAGCGACGAGUUACAGGUGGUGCCUUUGUCAACUGCUGCAAGCUUUUCUUUGAUUUCCAAGCUUGGAAUCAUGGAUAUGAGUUCCACCGAGGAGAGAGUCUUUAGUAUUGGAUUUAAUGAGGUUUUGAAUUUGCUGAAAAGCUUAUUUGUAUCAAAAUUUCCUUUAACAGAAACUUUCUUGAGGCCUAAAGAAUUACCUGAUUUUAGCAAGAAAACUUUUCAAGCGAGUUCAAUAAUUAAGCACCAACUUAUUAGGGAAAAUGCACGAAAAGAAAAUGUGAACAUUAGUGUGAGGCUUGUGCUUAGCAAAUCCGAGAAAAGGGUGUGCUAUGCAGAAGUUGGAGAAGAUUUUGUUGAUUUACUCUUUAGUUUCCUUACCAUUCCUCUUGGUUUUAUAAUCAAAAAGAUGAAUGGCAAUCCUUCAAAAGGAUGCAUAAAUCAUUUAUAUAAUUGUACUAAGGAUCUUGAUAGUGAGAAAUACUUCAAGUCAAAUGACCACAAAGAGAUUUUACUUAGUUCCAAGAUUGCUCCUGAUUUUGGCUAUGAGAAACAGCUGCUAGAGGUGGAGGAAGCUAGCCACCAGCAGUACUAAUAUGGAUUUGAUUAC